GCCUGAGGCCUGCAGCGCAGUGGGCGGUGCCGGGAACCUCGGUCCGUGCGGUGGUGAGUGUGCGCUUUUCCCCGGCCUUACCGCGCCGCUCGCCGGCAUGAGCUACGACCGCGCCAUCACCGUUUUCUCGCCCGACGGCCACCUCUUCCAAGUAGAGUACGCGCAGGAGGCCGUGAAGAAGGGCUCGACAGCGGUCGGCGUCCGAGGGAAAGACAUCGUCGUCCUCGGCGUGGAGAAGAAGUCGGUGGCCAAGCUCCAAGAUGAGAGGACGGUGCGGAAGAUCUGCGCCCUGGACGACAACGUCUGCAUGGCCUUUGCGGGCCUCACUGCCGACGCGAGGAUCGUCAUCAACAGGGCCCGGGUGGAGUGCCAGAGCCACCGGCUGACGGUGGAGGACCCGGUCACCGUGGAGUACAUCACCCGCUACAUCGCCAGCCUGAAGCAGCGCUACACGCAGAGCAACGGGCGCCGGCCGUUCGGCAUCUCCGCCCUCAUUGUGGGUUUCGACUUCGAUGGCACCCCCAGACUCUACCAGACGGACCCAUCGGGCACGUACCACGCCUGGAAGGCCAAUGCCAUAGGCCGGGGUGCCAAGUCCGUGCGUGAAUUCCUGGAGAAGAAUUAUACUGACGAGGCCAUCGAAACGGACGACCUGACCAUCAAGCUGGUCAUCAAGGCCCUUCUGGAAGUGGUUCAGUCAGGAGGCAAAAACAUCGAGCUGGCUGUCAUGAGGCGCGACCAGCCGCUCAAGAUUUUAAAUCCUGAAGAAAUUGAGAAAUACGUUGCUGAAAUUGAAAAAGAAAAGGAAGAAAACGAGAAAAAGAAACAAAAGAAAGCAUCAUGAUGGAUUAAAAUGAUCUUGCUGGAGUGAUUUUUAAAUUCAAAUCACGGGCGACUCUCCGGACGACGGGGCAGCGUUUCCAUUCUGUUCCUCCGUGCAGCCAAGCGUCUACAAUAAACUGCGUUUUUUA